AGAGAGAGAGAGAGAUAGAGAGAGAUAGAGACUCGACUGCUGUGAUCUAUCGUUAUUCCAAAGCAAAACCGGAUCGAAAGUUGGGGCGUCUGGACGAUGCCGAGUCCGCAUCCAGUGGUGUGUUACCUUCUGGUGCACCUGUUGGGUUGGUGCCCGAUCCUGGACUGCAUGGCUCAGGGGAAGCUGAAGCCGGGACAGCAGCUGGGGAGCAUCCUGGUGGUCUCCGGCCUCAACUCCUCCAAGGACCAGGGCACCCCGGACCCGCCGGCGGUGGCCGAUCAGUGUCGGGGUUACUACGACGUGAUGGGACAGUUCGAUCCGCCUUUCAGUUGCAACACCGGUAUCUACAACUACUGCUGCGGGACCUGCGGGUACCGCUACUGCUGUCAGUUCAAAGAGGCCAAACUGGACCAAAGCGGCUGCUCCAACUACGGGACCCCCAACUGGGCCAACGUGGGCAACCCCCCGCCCCGACCCAACGGCACCACUUUCGAUCACACCCGCGACAAAACCAACCUGAUCGUGUACUUCAUCUGCGGGGUGGUGGCCAUCAUGGUCCUGGUGGGUAUCUUCACCAAACUGGGGCUGGAGAAGUCGCACAGACCCCAACGGGAGCUGAAUGUUUCCAGGGCUCUGACUGAUGUUCUGAAGCAACAAGGUCAGUGUACUGCUAAUCAUGUGGAAAGAGAUGGGAAGGUUGCAAUCCACGUGCCACCUGAAAACAUGCAGCUCAAAGGGUCUCGGAACAACUUUGAUCAAACACAGAUGAACAAUGCAGGCCCAACUUCUCCUUUGAUUCCACAGAUGGUUCAUCCUCAUUCUUACCCUACCCUGGAACAGCAAGUUCCAGGCAAGGAACUAAACAAGUACGCUUCACUAAAGGCAGUGGCUGAAAAGGCAAACGACGACUUCCUCGCCAAGCGUCAACACUUUGCGGAGUUAGCAGCGAAAGGCACCCUGCCUCUGCACCCAGUGCAGAUCCCGGUAACCCACGAAGUCACAGCUCACAGCUUAGACAGCUACAACCCCAAACUGCCCGGGCAGAAAAACAAAAUGACCAAAAUGCACACACAUCCGCUGGCCUUCGAAACGGACUACAAAUCCUGGGACACGAAUGACACAACGAUUCGCCGGCAGGCCUAUGCUAACAAGAGACCCUGCACAGUGGGCACACUGGCCGAACCACACAGCUCGCAACCACAGCAUUACAUGCCACAGCAGCCGUACUUUGUCACCAACAGCAAAACGGAAGUGACUGUGUGA